AUGGCGGAGAAGUUUACGGUUUCGUACAUGGCACUUCUGGCUAUUACUUGGCUAAUCGUCAAAGUAACGGCGAAGGAAGUAUCUCAAUUCCCUCGGGACCUGAACGUCCCGGUUGGUGCGAAUGUUACGAUGUUCUGCAAAUUACCGCUAACACACGAUACCGUUGACGUUCGUUGGUGGAGGAAAGGCGAGAAGGGGUUUUUAGAAAGGGACAACAGAAGACAAUUUACUGUAGAAAGGGGAAGAGGAACACUUGUACUCUGGAAUGUCAAAUUCAGCGACUCUGGGCUGUAUUACUGUGCAGUAAAGUUUCAGGAACAAUACUUAGGGACUGGAGGUGGCACCAAGUUCACUGUGUUCGCUCCUCCAUCUCCAGUGGAAAUUGUUCCUGUUGGAGGGUUUUCGUCUCCUCGAAAGCUCCUUUGUAAAACGGCUUCCUUCUACCCGGAGAAAUUAGAAUUCGUUUGGCAAAGAAAUAACAAGCAAAUUCGCACUGGAAUAGAAAGCGUGACAAACCGGAGCGUGGACGGCUUGUACGGAGCAUUUAGUUUAUUGAAUAUCACACAGUCUACUCGGGGAAAAGAUGUUUACACUUGUCUGGUGUCGCAUGUCUCCCUCACGGUGCCUGCCAAUUUCAGUUACACCCAGGACCAAGAUCCACAAGACUCUAAUACUAAAUUGAAUUUGGCAUAUGCAGUGGGCGGAUCGGCAAUUUUAGCUCUGAUAAUAAUUUUGGUGAAAGUCAAGUUAAAGAGAUCGCAAGGUACAAACACAGGUUCUUUGGACAGAUGUCAGAAUGAAGAGCCGGCUGACCAAGCUGCGGUUGAACACACCACUCCCUAUGCUUCACUAAAUAUGAGGGAGAGUAAAAGAUGGCACAAAGAUCGACAACAAGAAGAAUGCAUUAUCUAUUCUCAGACUAAAGGAAGUGGGGCUGACAAACUGACUUACGCUGUUCUACAGCUUCCUGAUUCCAAGAACACGCCAACAACCACACAUCAGAACAAACAUGCAUUGUACGCAGAUGUAAACAUAUCAAAGAAACUAUGAAGCUGAGAAUCCAACUGCAGUUUAGAGCUAUAGACCAUUAAUGAGUGCAUGCCCGAGGCAUUGCUUCGUUUCAUUUCUUUCCUCCAGACAAAGAUUGUUAAUCGAUGUUACCAUGUAUAAGUUAGGAAGAUAAGGGAUCAAUUUCGUCUUCGAUUUGUUGGAAGCGAUUAUCACUGGAAAAAAAUAAAAGUAAGAAACUUAAGAAUAAAAUUGGGAAUAAGCCAUUCCGCCUCUCUUUCCUGCCCAGUCAUCAUCUCUAUUGGACAGUCCCCGAUUAUUCCAGGAAAUAACCUACUUUGCCUAAAGUACCGCCUCACCCCCAAGAUAUUCCCUCCACAAUCCUCAGAGGAUGAAAAAAAAUCGGAGAUUCGUCACCACCAAAGAGAGAAACUUUG